AUGGGCAAAGAAACUUUUUGCAUCCGCCCUCUGGGCUAUGAAAAUGGUCCAGAAACAGAAGUCUUCCAGAUGAGCGACUUUGACUACCUUGCUCCUCCCUUUUACACGAUGCUGAGCCUCUGCUACGAACUGGAAGAACACCAAAACCGCGAGACUGUUGUGCAGAAUCUGAAAGAGGGUUUGCAGAUCACAGUUGAUCAAUACAGGAUUGUUGCUGCAACGAUACAUACGGAUCCUACCACUGGGAAGCUGUCAGCUGUGAGGAAAAGAGAUGGAGGCGUCAACUUCACCGUCAAUAUGAUGGACGAGGCGGAUGGUUUUCCGGACUUUGAGACACUCAACCAGGCAGAUUUCACGUUCGAGAAGAUGGACGUCAACAAACUAUUCCCCGAGGAGAUUUCCAAACGCAUCUCCAACAUUUUCCAGGACACUUCGGACCCGCCAGCCGUGGUUGCGCAGGCCAACUUCAUCCGCGGCGGACUCAUUCUAUGCCUUGCCUCUCACCACCGCAUAUCUGACGGCACGGGAACCAAUCACCUCGUUGCUCAUUGGGCCGCAAAUUCGCGGGCUUUGACCACUAAAACGACACUUCCCGCCUUCAACACUUCACGCCUCGAUCGUAGUCCCCUGUGCUUCCGUGGCCUGCAGGCAUCUGAAAAGCGCAUGGCCGAGCUGAAACAGCAAAUUGGCUGGGUCCAUCAUGCAGGGAAAGGAGACAACCCACCGCCAUCUACAGAGCCCAUUUCUCUCAUUACGCUGCACUAUUCAAAGACCCAGCUGGCCUCCCUCAAAGCAGACGCAUCCCCCACUCAGCAGGACAGCCACGGUCGAAGGGAUUCAGCUCAGUCUGACUCCAAGAAUCCCGAAAAGUCGAGUCCUGCAGAAGAUCUCCAGGCCGGUGGUCCAAACACAGAUACUGACGUUGCAGUCCCAUGGGUCUCCACGUACGACGCCAUCGUUGCAACCAUCUGGCGUGCCGUGACACGCGCACGUAUGCCGGUGUUCCAGUCCCUUCCCACCGGAGUGCCCACCACAUCAUCCCAACUGCACGCCGUCAACCUCCGCAGCGUCGCAGGCGUGCCGGAAAACUACUACGGCAACGCCAUGGCUCUGCCAACCCAAACAGUUCCCAUUAGCACCCUGACAUCCCUUCCGGUCUCCUCCGCCUUCUCCGACCCGAACCUCGCAGCAGUGGCAGCCUCCAUCAGAGCCGGCAUUACGCGCUGCUCGACCCGGGAGAUCGUGGACGCAACGGCCGAGUGGAUCGAGGGCACGCAGAACAAGAACUUGAUCACGCUGCCCAACCUCAUCGGAACAGGGCUCUACGGCACCAGCUGGCGCUCGAUGACGUACUACAAAACCGCCGACUUUGGGUUUGGGCUUCCGAACCGCGUUCGCCGCCCGCCCAUUGUUGCGGACGGGAUCUUUUUCGUAUACCCGCAGCGGCCGGCUGAGUGUGGCGCACGGCCGGACGAAGGCAUUGAUGCGGUUCUUGGACUGGCAAAGAGCACAGCUGAGAGAUUUUUGAAGGAUGAGGAACUGCUGCGGUAUGCUAGGGUGGUUGAAGGAUGA